UUUAAAGAACUCUUAAGCUAGUCAACUAAGCUAGCUGAAAUGACAUGUUAAACAUAGCUUUUGUGCUGUUACCACCUCAUUGGAAAUUUACGUACUAAACUACUAAUCAAUAAAAUUUGUCUUUCCUUUUGAUUUGUUAUUUUUAUUCGAUUAAGCUCCGCAAUCGAUAGAGGUAAAGGAGUCUAUGAUGGUCAUACGAGAAUGGAUACAUGCCUUACAUCAUCGAAGAAAGCUCUUUAGAUAUGGAAAAGAGAGUCAAAGGCAGGAAGUUCCCUAAUAAAAAGCUCAGACACAGAGAAUUCGCAGUCUCUGAUUCAUGGAUCAAAUUCAACACAAGUUCAUCAAUGUCGAUUCCCUGAAACUCCACGUAGCUGAAAUUGGAACUGGUCAAAACGUUGUCGUAUUCCUGCACGGGUUCCCGGAGAUAUGGUACUCCUGGCGCCACCAGAUGAUUGCCCUCGCUAACGCCGGCUUCAGAGCUAUCGCUCCCGAUUUCAGAGGCUACGGACUCUCCGACCCGCCGCCGGAACCCGAAAAUGCUACCUUCUCUGUUCUUCUCUCUGACCUUCUUGCAAUUCUUGACGCUCUUGCUCUUUCCAAGGUGUUCCUUGUUGGUAAAGAUUUUGGAAGUCGUCCUGCAUAUCUAUUUUCCAUUCUACACCCGGAAAGGGUAUUGGGAGUGAUAACAUUUGGAGUUCCAUUUGUUCCACCAGGCCCUUCUAUGCUUCACAAGCACCUUCCUGAAGGCCUCUACAUUUUGAGAUGGCAGGAACCAGGAAGGGCAGAGGCUGAUUUUGGACGCUUUGAUGCAAAGACUGUUGUGCGGAACAUUUACAUUCUUUUCUCAAGAAGUGAAUUACCAAUAGCUCAAGAAAACCAGGAGAUCAUGGAUAUGGUGGAAUCGGAUACCCCUCUUCCCACUUGGUUCUCAAAGGAGGAUCUUGCAAUGUACGGCGCAUUGUACGCGAAAUCUGGAUUCCGAACUGCCUUGCAGGUUCCAUACAGGUCAUUGGGUGAAGACUUUAACUUAUCAGAUCCUGUGGUCAAAGUUCCGGCACUAGUGAUAACGGGUGGCAAGGAUUAUAGUCUCAAGUUUCCAGGGAUUGGUGAUUUAAUAAAGGGUGAAAAAGCAAAAGAGUUUGUUCCAAAUCUAGAGACUGCAUUCAUUCCUGAGGGAACCCAUUUUGUUCAAGAACAAUUUCCUGAGCAGGUGAACCAGCUUAUCCUUGCCUUCCUUGCCAAGCACACUUAGUCAUGGUGAUUCAUGAGGAAAGGGAAGUUAUGAAGGAGUUUUGCCUCAAGGCUUGUUGGUAGAAUUUUGAUUUGAUGGAUUUCUUGCUCCAUGAUCUGAACUCUUCAAGAUUGCAAGAGAGAAGAAGAAUAUUUCAGGGUCUUGAGACUUUUACAUCAUUUAUAUACUAAACUUAUACAUUAUUCAUACUCUGAAAUUAUAUGAUUAAAAUUGGUAUAAAAUAUUAUUGGAGAUGUAUGGUACAUUACUACAUUUGCCCAGCCACAUUUAUACCAUCAAGUAAAUUUGGAUAAGGCAUUUGAUCAUUUGAAAUGA